UCUUUGCAGGGAUAAAUGUGUCAGCACCCACGAAAACCCAGCACUCCGGGCGGGCGGCUUUGGGAUCCGCCGACCACAUCCAGCUCAGAGGCAGAGUUGAGGGCAGUUGGAAUGUCACCCCUCUUGGCUUUGGGGCUCCUGGUGGCUGGGCUCUGCCCCACUGUCCGCUGCCUCCUGGGGGGCAGGCUUGGCCCCGAGAUAGCCACCCAGGAGGUGCAACACACUGGGCCGCCCUUGGACAGCCUCCGAUUGGCCUCCAGCAACACCGCCUUCACCUUCAGCCUCUACAAGCGGUUGGUUUCAAAGACCCCCAAUAAGAACGUCAUCUUCUCCCCGCUGAGCAUCUCCACCGCCUUGGCUUUCCUAUCCCUGGGGGCCCGCGGCACCACCCUCACGGAGAUCCUCGAAGGCCUCCAGUUCAACCUCACGGAGACCCCCGACACGGAAAUCCACCGGGGCUUCCGGCACCUUCUGCAGAGCCUCAGCCGGCCCAGCGACGAGCUACAGCUGAGCGUGGGCAACGCCAUAUUUGUCAGCGAGGGGCUGAAGCUGCUGGAGAAGUUCAGGGAAGAUGCCAGGGCGCUCUACGCCUCCGAGGCCUUCUCCACCGACUUCCAGGACUCGGCUGCCGCCGAGAAGCUUAUCAACGACUUCGUGAAGAAUAGGACCCAGGGGAAAAUCGUGGACUUGGUCAAGGACCUUGACCUGCACACAGCAAUGGUCCUGGUGAACUACAUCUUCCUUAAAGCCAAAUGGAAGACGCCCUUCGACCCCCACAAUACGUUCGAGGCGAAGUUCCACGUGAGCAAGAGGAGGAGGGUGACGGUGCCCAUGAUGGACCUCGAGGACGUGGAGGUGCCUUACUUCCGGGACGAGCGGCUGGCCUGCACCGUCGUGGAGCUCCAGUACGCCAGCAACGACAGCGCGCUCUUUGUUCUCCCCGACAAGGGCAGGAUGGAGGCCGUGGAGGCCGUGCUGCAACCAGAGACGCUGAGGGGGUGGAGACACUCACUGCGGCUGAGGUGGAUAGACAACCUGUACCUGCCCAAGUUUUCCAUCUCCAGCAGCUAUAAUCUGGAAGCCAUACUCCCCCAGCUGGGCGUGACAAAAGUCUUCACCAACCAGGCCGACCUGUCGGGAAUCACAGGGGAGAGGAACCUGGCAGUUUCCCAGGUGGUCCACAAGACCGUGCUCGACGUGACCGAGGUGGGCACGGAAGCAGCAGCGGCCACGGGAAGCAAAAUUAUGUUGAUGUCUGGAAAAAUUGGCCCACUGACCACUGUGAGUUUCAACAGACCGUUUCUGCUGUCCAUACUCAGCAAAGAUACCCAGGACAUCCUCUUUUGGGGCAAGGUCGCCAACCCCAAUCAAGCCUAGGGCCCCCCCUCUGAGGUGCCGGGCGCCCGGGUCUCCUCCAGACGCAGCCUGGCCUCUGUGCACCAAGGAGCCACAUGCCAGGCCCUGCCUGGCUCAUCCUUUAGACGGUGACAGUGACUUUGCCUGGUGGCUUCCACCUGCACAGGGAGCCUGUGGACUUUUUGAUCGGAGGCUCUGAGGCCUCCAGACAGCAAUAAACCACCUUUCUCGGA